GCACAUCACACUGCACAAAAUUCGAGUACUGCACUUACUCUCUCAAAUCAAUAUGAUAACGUUACUUGCACUUCACCAUCCGCAAAGCCACAUGGCCGAGCUUUAACAUCGAGACCCAAUGUGCGACGAUCACCCGUUUCACACCCCAGCAACAUUCCCUCAGACAACCGCCACCUACUCCCCAUCAAUGCUCAACGAAUCCGCCUCCCCGCCCUGUUAGACUCCACCCAUGGAUCUAGGAAACUGUGCAGUACUGGUACUCGAGUAUCACCACUGAUGAAAAGUACCAGAAUAACGGUGCGGUACCAUAGCCCUUUUGCAGUCUACACAUCCCACCUCGGAAUCCCAUCUCAAUGCAAUCAUAGUUCGUUCAGAUAUUAUCCUGGAGCCAGAUUCUCGGUACACCGAGAAAUAUAGAAAUAUAGACCUGAUAUCGGAUUGCCUUGAGUUACCACUUCCAUUGCACACUUCUAACACCAACUGACCCUGCUCACCAAGUAUGAGAUCUGCGGGGUUUCAAGUGGGAUUGUAGGUGGCAUUGGUGUCGCAGCCGCCACUCUGUAAGGUCCGCAACAUAAGGAGGACUCCACCGCUAUAUUUGACUAUUUAUUUCAUAGUGCUCUAUUGCUCUUUUACUCCCCCUCUGUACGAGUACACCGCUCCAUCCUUGCCUCUACCAUUCCCAGCAUUCAUAACGCUGGCCGUUGCCGAACAAACACUUAGCGAUGCACGCAAUUUACCAUCCGUCACGUCGAAAAUGCACGAUACUGUACCAUCUACUUGCUAUUGGGAUUUUCCUCUUUCCUCAGGCGACAUGCCAGUUCAUGUUUCCGCCCCUGCCGGCUCCUGCCGACAUCUUUACCACCCAAACUCGCUGCGGGGCGUUUUAUAACGAAUGUAUGGAGACAUUCAGGACCUGUAUAAGGAUUGCGGGCCCGAAUGAUAAGUCGACUUGCGAGGAUUGGAGGAGUAGGGUUUGCGAGGAUAUGAUCAGGAUGGGAUGCGAUCGGUUACCAAACGAGAGGCAAACGGGUGAUGGGGGAACUGUGGGUGGUGGGACUGUAGGAAUGGGAGUGACAAGCUCUAAUCGAACCUCCAGUGUGCCCACGGGUUCGAAUGCCCGCACACUCAAGCCGACGUCCAUAGACUCACCACUUUCUACACAGCCAAUCUCAUCCCAACCCACGCAAGUAAACGAUCCCUCGUCACCAACUCUGACCCUCCCAAUGCCAACCCAAGUCUUCCCCUUGCCAACAACCCCACCAAUCAUCCCACCGACACCGUUUUCCUCUAUUGCAACAUUAUUAAUAACUUCAACCAUAACGACCACCCAAACCUUCACGGCAGGAACCUCAACCUGGACCGCAACAAUGACACGGACAAUGACAACUACCGAGCGCCGCGGGCUCAACUUUACGGCGAUAUCAAAUGACUCGGCGAGGCCAUGGUGUCGGACGGGGGUAGACGUCGGUCUCUUGUUCUUCUGGAGCAUUGUUGGGUGGACGGGCUGUUUGAUUUAAUAUAAUUCGAUGAUUACGCUCGCUCACUCGCUCGUGCUGGUAACAGUUGGUUGCAUAAUCGGCUCAAGAGCUGGAGACUCUUUUUGAUUAAUUCUAUGUAGCAUAGAAGGGGGGGGGGUUAGUAUAUAGUUCUAGUCAUUAAUAUUGUUGCUAUCUUUAGGGCUUGGUGUAUAUCUGAGUCUCAAAUUGUAGCCAGAAGUCGCCUGUUAGUUUUUAUAUUCCGCUUGCUCUCUUUGCACUCUUUGCACUCACACAGCACAAUUUCCUGAGUAUAUAUACGAGUGAUCUAUUAAACCAAUGCCAAGUUCGUUCAGUGUGGCGGGGCCUCAUGAAGCUCCCCACAUGAUUCUACCCACUACUGUAUCGUUACUGGAACCCUAGCUCUUUCCGUCCUUAUCUGAUCAUCAGCACUGGGAUUAUCUACAAUCGAUGUGAACCGCCAACUAAUAUCAUACUUCGCGUCUAGCCGUUAAUUUAUCCCGUGCUAAAUAGCACCUUCCCCUCCUCUUCUACCAUUCUCUGAUUAUAACCAUCCAUCUACUUUAAUCAAUUUUCUAUCACUUUUAUCGUGCGAAUUGGCCCAAAUGACUUUAAUAACAUAUCUUGCCCACUGCCGCACUUGUCAAAACAAGCAAACGGCGCGCGAUGCCGCAAUCGCAAACCUCCUACCGGUUUACCACUCCCCGCUCGAGCAGUACGACUGCGAAAUACUCAACACACCGGUUGAAGAUGCUGCGAGGUUCGUGCGCAAGGGGGAAUGGAAACCGGUCGACAUCCUCAGGGCCUACGGGAAGCAAGUUAUAAAAGCCCACAAACAGACAAAUUGCUUAACAGAGGUUAUGAUCUCGGACGUGGAGAAGUGGACCGCUGUCUGGGAUUCCGCACAGUACGAUGCGCCAAUUGUUCAAUUAUUGAAAGAUGCGGGGGCUAUGCCAUUCGUAAAGACCAAUGUCCCGGUUACGUUGAUGAGUUUUGAGAGCGCUAAUGAUGUAUGGGGAGCUACAGAAAACCCACAUGUCAAAGGGUACUCGCCUGGCGGGUCCUCCGGCGGGGAGGCAGCACUGAUAGCGUUAGGCGGCAGCAGAAUCGGCGUGGGCACGGAUGUCGCAGGAAGCGUACGGGUGCCCGCGCAUUACUCCGGGAUCUGCGCUAUUCGUUGCUCUGUCGGAAGGUUCCCAAGGUCUGGGAAUGCGACAUCAAUGGCUGGACAGGAGGGCGUUAUGGCGGUCUACUCUCCCAUGGCAAAGACAGUGGAGGACUUGGGCUUCUUUUUGAAGACGGUUAUCGAUAUGAGGCCCUGGACCUAUGACCAUCACGUCAUCCCCCUUCCAUGGCGAGACGUGCGGGAUGAGAUGGAGAACAAGACCGUUCGCUGGGGAAUACUCCGGGACGACGGGAUUGUCACUCCAAGCCCUGCUUGUAAUCGUGCAUUGGACAACGUUAUCAUGGCACUAAAGUCUCAAGCACACGAAGUUGUUGAACUGUGUACCAGCAACAAUAACCCCUCGGUCCUCGAAUCCCUUUGCGCCGCCUCCCGCCUCCUAAACUCCGACGGCGGCGCCACCCUCUCCAGCCACUUUCAAUCCUUCUUCGAAUCCAACGAUCCGGGAAUGCGCCUGAUGCUAAGAUACUUUUCACUCCCCCGCUGGUUCAAGUUCCUGCACUGGGCAUUUGUCAAGUACCUAAAGCGGGACCAGGUCUGGGCCGCUUUGAUCAAAGAUUGGAACCCAACCUCAUCCGCAGAUCAGUGGAAGCUUGUAUCGAGGAGAGAGGAUAUACGUGCUGAAUGGCAUAAAUUCUGGAACGAGAGUGAAUUGGACUUUAUCAUUAGUGUACCGAAUGCACUCCCGGCUGUACCGCACGGUGGUAUGAAGAAUGGAUUUGUUAAUUGUUCUUAUACUUUAAUUUGGAACUUGAUGGACUACGCCGCGGGCGUCCUCCCAGUAACCAAAGUCGACAAAGAGAAAGAUGCUCUAACACCCCAGUUUAGAAUCAACAACAAUGCCGUCGCGAGGAGCGCCUAUAAAGACUAUGACGCAAACAAAAUGCACGGACUUCCUGUGGGGGUACAGAUCGUGGCGCGCAGGUUCGAGGAGGAGAAGGUGAUUUGGGGACUGGAGAAGGUGAAGAGUGUUCUGGAGGAUGUUGGCGAUUACUAUGUUGUUGUUGAGUGCUAGAAUGGUGUGUUAUGAAGUCCGUGGAGUGGGUUAUCGCGUGCAUGCCAGCGAGUUUUUUUUUUUUAAUUUUAGCGUAGGAUGUGUGAAUGGACGGGGAGGCGUGGGGGAUAGGAUUGUGAUGUGAAAUGCGGGUUCGGGGGCUGGGGGCACGGUUCUAGUACUAUAUGUUGCGGAGUGGGCGAAUGUGUACUGUACCGGCUCCCGGCUCCCGGCUGGCCCGGAGACCACUGAAACACAAAUGCAUACUACUAGCACUGUAACCCC